AUGAAUAUAGAUGACUUUCUAAAAUGCAACAACUUAACCAUAUCGAAAGAUAAAAUAGGAAACAGCCUUCAGCGUAAUAAAAUAGGGAUACUAAUAACAAAUUUGGGUAGCCCUGCGAAACCAACUUAUUGGGCACUGUACAAAUAUUUAGCUAAGUUCCUGGGAGACCCAAGAGUUGUCAAAUUGAAUCGAUUUAUAUGGCUGCCCAUCCUAUACGGAUUAAUACUACCCUUACGCAGUGGAAAAUCUCUGUCCAAAUAUAAAAAAGUAUGGACAGACGAAGGCUCCCCCUUGUGCGUGAACACGCAUAAGCAAUACUUGGCGAUAAAGGAGCGUUUAUUUGAAAAAUACAAAGAUAAGGUUGCAAUUACGUAUGGCAUGAGAUAUGGAGAAAGAUCUAUAAAAAGUGGAUUACAUUAUUUAAAAAAUGAAAAUAUAAACAAACUACUAGUAUUGCCACUAUACCCCCAAUCAGCUGAAUGCACAGUUGCUUCCACACUUGAUUGCAUAAGUGAGAAUUUAAAAAGAUGGAAUAACGUCCCAGAGUUGAGAUUUCUCUCUGGAUAUUGUUUUAAUGAAAAAUAUCUAAACAGUAUGACUGAAAAUAUUCAAAAUUUUUGGAAAAAAAAUGGAAAAGGAAAUAAACUAAUUAUAUCUUAUCAUUCCAUACCUACUAAAACAGUUGAAGAUGGAGAUUUAUAUCCUUUUUUUUGUAUCGAAAGUACAAAUCAAUUGGUUAAAAAAUUAAACCUUAAAAAAGAUGAUUAUAUUUUAGCUUUCCAGUCAAAAAUUGAAGGUCAGAAAUGGAUACAACCAUGUAUUGAAAAUAUUUUAAAACAGCUGUCCACUGAUGGAUGCAAUGUCGUUGAUGUCGUAUGUCCAUCUUUUUCUGCUGAUUGUUUAGAAACGCUUGAAGAAAUUCAAAUAACUUAUCAACAACUGUUUCGUCAAUAUGGCAAUGGGCAGCUUAGAUACAUCAAGUGCUUAAAUUAUUCAAAGAUUGGCAUUGAUUUUAUUAUGAAUAUUAUUGAGGAGAACAUAGUCGGGUGGUAG